AUGCCGAACAUUAGGCCCCUGUCUGCCGAGUUGGCAAAGAAAGCCGCCGACGAGCUAUUUGAAAACCCGAAACGACUGGAUGAAGAUCUGGCCGCGCUGCGGACGUGGCUGGCAAAAUGCCCUCACAUCAAGGCACGGACGGACGAUCAGUUCUUGAUGACGUUUCUGCGCGGCUCGAAGCACAGUCUUGAGAGGGCGAAGGAGAAGCUUGAUAUGUACUACUCGGUUCGGACGUCCAUGCCGGAACUGAUGCGCAAUCGUGAUCCUGAGGAGGCCAAGAUUAAGGAGCUGAUCGAGUUGGGAUCACUGAUACCGCUACCAAACACA